AUGCCCGGGCCGGGUCCCCGGCCGCCACCGCGCCCCUGCCCGAUGCUGCUGCUGCCCCUGGCGGCCCUCGUGCUCGGGUGGCCGCCGCCCGGGGGCGCCCUGUCCCUGGCGCAGAAGAGCGCCCCGAGCUCCGGGGGCCCCGGGGACGUGGGGACCGACGCCGCCGCCGCCGGGUCCCAGGAGCUGCGGAAAGGCUACGAGGAGCUGCUGGCCAGGCUGCGGGCGAACCUCAGCCGGGAGGACUCGAACUCAGAGCCCGCGCCCGUCCCCGCCGCCAGGAUGCUCAGCCCAGAGCUGCGGCUCGGCUCCGACGGCCACCUGCAGCUGCGCAUCGCGCGGGCCGCCCUGGAAGAUGACCCUCCCGUGCCCUAG